AUUAAAAUUUCAAGCAUUCUUCAUGUUUGUCUAGAAUCGGUGCCCAGAGUUGCCUUUGCCAUUUCUUUUUAAGGACUUCUCAAUCAAAGUACAUCGGUGCAUCGGAUAAUUAGCUAGAUUUAGAAUUUACCUUCCCACCUCAAUCAGUUAUUCAUUACCCAAAAUGUCAGAGACCAACAAAAACUAUGCUACAAAGAAAUGUGCAGUCGUUACAGGAGCAAAUAAAGGGAUUGGAUUAGAGAUAUGUCGACAGUUAGCCUCUAUUGGCGUAGCAGUGGUCUUGACUGCCAGAGAUGAGAAGAAAGGUGUUGAAGCAAUUGAGAAACUCAGAGGGUCGGGGCUGUUUGAUGUUGUUUUUCAUCAGCUCGAUGUGUUAGACCCUGCUAGUAUUGCUAAUCUAGCUGAUUUCAUCAAAACCCAGUCCGGAAAGCUUGAUAUCUUGGUGAACAAUGCUGGGAUUUCUGGAGUCAGAUUAGAUGAUGGCGCUGAGAAGGCACUGAUGACAGUAGCUGUAAGUCUUUGCAAUUUCAUCCAUUUUAAAUUUAAAAGUUGGGAAAGAAUUUAUGUUUUGAGAUAUCUUAUCGAGCUACUUCUACUGAUACAGCCAGAUGCAAAGUGGUCAAAAUACCAGGAACUAGCAAAGCACACUAACGAGUCGGUGGAAGAAUGUCUACAAGCAAACUACUAUGGAGCCAAAAGAGUGACUGAAGCACUUCUUCCACUCCUUCAGCUAUCUGAUUCUCCUAGACUUGUUAACGUCUCUUCUGGCUUGGGGAGGCUACAGUAUGUAUCUGAUGCUGGGGCUAAAGCAGUGCUGAGUGAUGUAGAUAGUCUCACAGAAGAAGGUGUGGAUGAGGUUCUGAAGAAGUUUCAGAAAGAUUUCGAGGAUGGUUUAUUAGAAACUCAAGGCUUGUCUGUCUACAUAAUGUCUAAAGCAGCAAUGAAUGCCUAUACAAGGAUUCUAGCGAAAAAGCUGCCCAAGUUUCGCAUAAAUUGCGUGACACCAGGUUUUGUCAAAACUGACAUUAACUACAACACUGGGUAUUUAACUGUUGAAGAAGGUGCUGAAGGUCCUGUAAAGUUGGCUUUGUUACCUGAUGAUGGCCCUUCUGGCCUUUUCUUUGCCCAAAAGGAAGUUUCAAACUUUUGAUUGAAUCUUAAUUAAAAACACGUCUUCUUGAGAGGAAAUAAAUCUGGAACUGUCAUGUUUUUGCUA